AUGAUUGAAGAAGACUCAGGUGAACCAAAAAGUCGCAGACGCUCUCUGCCGCAGGACUACGAUGGUGAUGAUGUGGGAGACGUUGGCGUGAUAAUUAAAGGCCAAGUUUAUCCUUACAUUGAGAAAAAUCCUCUUGACUCGAUUUCAUUAACAGGGUUUCUUUUGGGUGGCACUGUGGGGCUUUCAAUUGGUCUCUUGCCUCACUCGUUUUUCAAAAACUUCAAUAUCUAUCUUGUGGCGGUGUCGGUGUUCCAUUUUCUGGAAUUCUAUACUACAGCGAAGUAUAACCCAGGAAAAGUUACAUCCGAUUCGUUCCUCUUUAACAACGGCAAAGCCUAUACGUUUUCAUUCGUAUUUGCUGUCUCUGAGGCUUUGUUGGAGAGCAUUUUCUUUGAUUGGAAAACAAGAUUUUCCUCCUGGUACCAUACAACAGCCGCUAUAAUAGGGCUAAUGCUCAUGCUUUUGGGUCAAUAUAUCCGAACUAGUGCUAUGAUAACCGCGGGGAGAUCCUUUUCACACCAAGUGAAGACUUCUCAGAACCCUGAUCAUGUUUUAAUAACAACGGGUAUCUAUGCCCAACUAAGGCACCCUAGUUAUUUCGGCUACUUUUGGUGGGCAUUGGGUACUCAGCUAUGGCUCAUGAACCCUGUUUCAUUUGCAUUGUUUGCCUACGUUCUCUGGAAGUUUUUCCAUUCUCGCAUAAAUUAUGAGGAAAGGUAUCUCAACAGUUUCUUUGGCGAAGAAUACACUAAAUACACGCAAAAUGUUGGAGUAGGGAUACCUUUCAUCAGCUGA